AUGGCUGAGGCGCAAUCCUCCUACGGCGUGUCGCCGUACAAGGUCGACUGGCCCUUCAACGGCUGGCUGGUCGUGAUUCUCCUCUUCGCGUACGGCGGCCUCGUCGUCAGCCGCCAGCUGCUCCUCUUCGUCGUCCUCCUCGCCAGCGCUGUUAUCCUGCUCUCAGACAGCACCUCAACCUGGGGCGAGACCCUGACACUUCUCGCCGCGCUGCCCCUCGCUCUCGGCGGCGUGCUGGCAUUCCUCUGCGCCCCGACCUCGUUUCGCGCGCGCCACUUUGGCACGCUGACCGUGCUCGUCAACCUCGCCGCGUACGCCUACGUCGGGCGCGGGGUGCUCGUGCCCGCCGAGGGCACCUUUCGCGGGUGGUGCGGGCGGCUGGCGGCCUUUUGGCUGUGCGCGUCGCUCGUGCAGCAGGGCUGCUACCGCGGCUGGCGCACGCUGGGGUCGCCGCACGACCGCGUGCUCGUCUUCACCGCCGCCAGCCGCACCUGGAUCGCCGCGCACGCCGUCUACCGCUACAUCCUGCGCACCAUGCCGGCCACGCACGGCCCGGGCCACCGGCUCCGCCUGCUCGACGCGCUGUCGCUCGCGCUGGCCCUCCUGCUAGCGCGCGCUGCGGGCGUGCCGUUUGCGCACUGCUUCGUCAUGGCCGACGUGCUGGUCGUGGCCGCGGCGGCGGCGUGGUCGGCCGUGGCGGACGCGUUUGGCCUGCUCCCGCCGGUUGGGGAGAGCGUCGGCUUCGAUAUCGAGCGGGACUUGUUCUUGGCGGGCUUGCAGCUCUCAGUGGCGCUGGUGGCGGCCGCGGGCAUGUUUGAAGCGUGGGUGGACAAGUCGGUCGAGGACGAGAAGCGUGAAAAGGCUAGAAAUCCGCAGCCACCGAAGCCGUGCAAGCCUGCCGUUACCACAAGCUAUGAGAUGUAUGAAGUUUAA